AUGGCUGCCAGGAUCACUGCGGGCCAAGUGCCGGCUAUGUUUGCCCGCCGGCAACCAACGGUGUUCCUUGCCUCGCGACGCAUGCAAUCCUCCUCUGCUCCCCAAACCCAGAACCCCGCCUAUCCGCUGUACCCCUCGGUGAUCCAGCUGCUGCACCAGAAGGGCAUCCCGGACUCGGAAGUGUCCAAGAUUCCCGCCUCGGGCCCCAAGGGCCGCCUCCUGAAGGGCGACGUCCUCGCCUACCUCGGCCAAAUCGCCGCCGACUACCCGUCGACCCAAGCCGCACAGCUGGCCAAGCUCACCCACCUGGACCUGAGCAACAUCAAGAUCGCCCCGGCCCCGAAACCGGCCGCACCCGCCCCGGCCGAGAAGGAGGAAGUGGUCGCCAAGCCCCCGCCCAUGGCGUCAAUCGCCAUUUCUGUCUCCCCUGGCCGCCGUGCUGAGUCCCUGGGCGUCACAGUGCCGCUGUCCCGGUUCCUGGCUGUGGCCACCGACCUCGCCAACGACGAUCUCCCGCGCUCUUCUAGCGCCAAGCCCUCGGCCGACGAGCUCUUCGACGAGGUCCUCGGCGCUGACCCCGUUCUCACCUCCCGCGGCCACUACCUGCCGGAAUUGAAUGCCGUCGAGAGUCCCGCGCCCUCGCGCCAGCAGAAGGCCGUGAGUGAAGAUAUCAUCGACAUCCUGAGUGCCAAGUCCCAGCGGAAGACUGUGUCUUCACCCAUAGUGGAAAUCCCAUCUGGCGGGGCUGCCAACGUGUUCAGCUUGACCGUUCCAGUCGGUGACGAGGUGCGCGCCAAGGAGUUUUUGGAGCGGAUCAAGACCCUGUUGCAGGUGGAGCCUGCCAGGCUGGUACUUUAA